CACUGCUUUUGUGUGGUCUUAAAAAAUGCUAAAAACACGAGUGACACGAGCCAUGACGCAAAUGAUCUAAGAGGUCGUUUUUCUGUGUGCAUCGUUUCUAUGUCAACCCAUUGUUGGCCUUGAAGUAGCUUUUAAAAUUGACGUCAGGCCGUACGAAUAUGGCAGGCACUUUUCGGCACUGCGCGUAACAAAAUAACACAAGUUUAGUAUCAACAAGAUGAGCUUUUACCGUUUACGUGGGGCGAACCUUGGUUGUUCAACAUGGUUGCGGCGACUUGCGGUCUGGUGCAUUUCAGACAAAUGUAUCGAUUUUAUCAUUUUCUAGGGAUCAAGUGUAGGCGGAAGUCAUGCAAAGAUGCACGUUCGCAAGUCAAAUCACUCAGUCAAAGUUUAUCAAUGAACUUCCACGAAUACCGCUUAUUCUAAUUAAUAAACUGUAGAAGUUCCAUAAACCAUUACUGGUACUUCUCUUAGCGAAUUUGUAAUUUGUAACAGCUGCGAAUUUCUUUAAAAGCAUUGGAACAUGACCUACUACCCAACCAUUUUUGUUUAUUUUCUAGUUUGGUUAUCGCUUGCAACGUAAAUAAUUGCAUCUUUACCAUCGUAAUGUCGCUAAAGCCGUACAUGUAACAAAUUUGUAGAACAUGCCUAAAUUCAAUAUGGUCGUUCAAUCAGUAAUAAUUAGAAAUAAUUAGUUCGUAAACCAAGCUCGUUGAUUGGUCAAAUGCUAAGCCGAUCAUCUAAACCUCUUUCUUAUUGGCUGAUACGGUGAUAGAAUUUUGAUAUGUAGUCAUCUGGAGUCUCAGUGGACCGCUUUUGUAUUCUUAAUUUCUUGUAUAAUAGAGUUUCAUAUUGGCGGUCUUCGAAGGGGAUAAACGUGUUUUGAAACAGUUAUUCUAAAAGGCUUUUGCUUUACUACGUUUGUGGCUCGUUUCGUGAUAGUAUUCUCCAAGAGAUUCGCGCUUAUUUCACCGAAGUCGCCAGUCUGUAAAAUGUCUGGGGUUACAGACAAGAUAUUAUAUUAAAAUACACAACGUAUAAGCGUUUGUUGUUUACAAGCCAGGCGGUCCUAUUAGUUCUUGGCAAGAUAUUGGAAAUUAAUUGUUAACUGGGUAUAACUAUCUACACUAUGGCUGAAUCGAUGGCAGCACAAGAACUCUCCCUGUACAAGACGAAAAGCGGUCGGGUCAUCCCGAAGAGGAAACAAGAUCUAAUAGUUAAAGAGGAGUACUCGGAUGGUGAUGAAGAUGGACCCAGCCUUUCUUCUGGCCUGCCCUCUAAGAAACCCAAAGGCGAUGAUCCCGAAAGCUCAAGAGAGAAAUUUGCUAGGGAGAACCACAGCGAAAUUGAACGCAGGAGACGGAACAAGAUGAAUUCCUACAUAAACGAGCUAUCGGAAAUGGUGCCAACUUGCAAUGAGAAUCCCAAAAAACCUGAUAAACUAACCGUCUUAAGAAUGGCAGUUGAUCAUAUUAAACACCUCAGAGCUGAACCUUCGUACGAGCAGCAGACACCAAAAACUAAGACGUCAUCAUUCUUGUCCGAACGUGAACUGAAGCUUUUAGUUUUAGAGGCUGCCGGUGGUUUUCUGUUUGUUGUGAACUGUGUCAAUGGUACUCUACUGUACGUCUCAGAUUCAAUAACACCUGUUCUGGGACAAGCUCAGACCGAAUGGGAAAACAGAACAAUAUAUGAACUCAUCCAUCCAGAUGAUGAAAAGAAGAUCAGGGACCAACUAUGUGUGGAUGCUGUGGACUCUGGUAGAAUUCUUGACUUGAAAACGGGAAGCGUAAGGAAGGAAACAUCGUCAGAUGCAUCUCGGAUGUACACCAGCUCAAGAAGAAAUUUCAUAUGUCGUAUGAAGAAGGGACAAUGUCCAACAAGCAGCCCAAAGAAUACAACCACAGGACUGGAUAAUGAAUAUUCUGUUAUCCAUUGCACAGGAUUCUUAAGAGCAUGUGCUGGUGGCCGUGUUAGUAAUCUAGUCUCGAUAUCCGAGUCCAGCGAUCCUUCUACGUUCUGCCUCAUCGCCAUCGGUCGUUUGCAACCAACGUGUUCGCCGGUGGGUACAGAUUUAUCCAAUCAGAAACAAGUGACUGAGUUCAUCUCGCGGAUUGCAGUUGAUGGAAAAUUCACCUUUCUCGACCAGAGCAUUCAAGAUGUCCUGGGUUAUUCGCCAAAGGAAAUUCUCGGCCAAAGUUGUUACGAGUUUAUUCAUCCUGAAGAUAGAGAAAAUAUGAGAGAUAGUUACGAUCAAGUUAUAAAAACAAAAGGUCAGAACCUGUCGGUGGAGUUCCGCUUCCGAAACAAGCGUGGUACCUACGUAAAGAUCAGAACAGUUUGCUUCAGUUUCCAGAAUCCUUACACAGACGAACCCGAAUAUAUUGUUUGCAACAACUCGUUGGUCAGGAAUAAGAGUCAUGAAACGGACUUUCAAUCCAUAUCAAAUAAUAGUCCUUGGUCGAACGCGCAGACCCCGAUGGGUUUGAUAGACCGGGUUCCAAAUACCUCACCUGGAGAGACGUUUAUGCCUCCCGAAUUCUUUCCCAGAAUGGCCAUGAGUAAACGCUUUCCUGAAAUGUCUCAAUCUGCACCGAUAUACAUGGGUGGUAACGCCGUUCCACAAUACCCGGGAAUAGGGAAUUUCCCCUCGUCUUCCGACGACCGUGCCGGACAGCAGAGAAUUCCUGCCAUGGAAUCAACCAAUUACGAAUUCAAUCCACGUAAAAUCGAUGCAAUGCCAAGCGAGAAAGGAGGUUUAAGCAGGUUUGGUCUCACGUCCAGUUCUCUCGAUCGUCCUCAGUAUUUGCCCGAUGAAAGCCGACUGUCUCAAAACCCGUUACAGUUUCGUCCAUCGCCGUCGUCGACCGGAGAGCUCUCGGAAAUGCAGCGCCUGGUACCACAAGCGUCUUAUCUCAACAAUAACGUCGAGUUGAACAGUCUGGAUCGGUCCAUAGACGUGAAACCAUCUCUCCAGCACAUCAGCGCCUACGAAGCGCAAAUAUCGUCGCCUAAUCAAAUGGGCAUCAACCCUGCGAUGAUGACGUCAUCAGCCGCAGGGAAUCGUGGGUAUCAGUAUAGUAAUUGUAACAUUUAAUGAGGGUUCGUUAUAGGAGUGAGUGAGGUGUCUUCAAGCCAUGUUGAUGGUAGCAAUUGCAGAUUGAAAACAAUGUAACGGUGAUAAUUUAUUGUCUGUAGUGAUACUUUUUAUGCAUUUUUGAGUGAAGAAUGUGACUAGAACGAUUGUGUAUACUACAAUAGUACAAAUCCUGUCAA